CAUUCCUUGGUAUUGGCAUUAAAACAGUGGAGUGAAAAUAGUCAGUCUCAGGAACAUGUGGGCAGCCAUAAAUGUCCCACUAUUCCAGGGAUUAAAAUUCAGUUUAUGGGUUGUCUAGGCCUCUUAGCUCUCUUUCUCCUAGAUCCCCAUUCUGGAGAUUUUACCACCUGCUUUGAACUCUUUCGGAGGUUGGGGAACAUGAGAAAGUGAUACAGAUCCACGUGUUUUAGAAAAACAAGAAUUACAGCAGCCAACCUAUGUUGCCCUGAGUUACAUUAAUAGAUUCAUGACAGAUGCUGCCCGCCGAGAGCAGGAAUCCCUAAAGAAGAAGAUUCAACCCAAGCUCUCGCUGACCCUAUCCAGCUCAGUGUCUCGAGGGAAUGUGUCCACUCCCCCACGCCACAGCAGUGGAAGCCUUACUCCCCCUGUGACCCCACCCAUCACCCCCUCCUCUUCAUUCCGAAGCAGCACUCCAACAGGCAGUGAGUACGAUGAGGAGGAAGUGGACUACGAGGAGUCGGACAGCGAUGAGUCCUGGACCACAGAGAGCGCCAUCAGCUCCGAAGCCAUCCUCAGCUCCAUGUGCAUGAACGGAGGGGAAGAGAAGCCUUUUGCCUGCCCGGUUCCUGGAUGCAAAAAGAGAUACAAGAAUGUGAAUGGCAUAAAGUACCACGCUAAGAAUGGUCACAGAACACAGAUUCGUGUCCGCAAACCAUUCAAAUGUCGGUGUGGGAAGAGUUACAAGACAGCUCAGGGCCUGCGGCACCACACAAUCAAUUUCCAUCCCCCAGUGUCGGCUGAGAUUAUCAGGAAGAUGCAGCAAUAACAUGCUGGUCAUAACUGUGCCAAGAAAUCCUCACCAGCAGUUGCUGAUUUUGAAAACAGCCACCUUUUUUUCAGGGGAAGCACUCAGCAACCCUUUAAAGAAAAAGAAUUAAAUGCAUGCUUUAAAUUUUUUCUGUAAUUUUGGAAUGAUGUAUCUUUGUAGAGUUAAUGAUUUUGUACAUUUGCACAUGUAAUCAUCAUACCCAUUUUCAUUACUUUGAUAUAAGGUGCUAAACAAAAAAAGCUCUAGGUUUUUCAGCACAUUUCCCCCAAAACAAAAUAAAACUGAGGGCAUGUUGCAUAGUUUAGUCGUAUUGCAGUGUAUCAACUGGGGGGAGGAGGGGCUGGCACUGAGAUUUUUUUUCCAAGAUUGUAAUGUGAUUGAAGUUUUUCAACACAUCAACUCAUGUAUGUUCAAACCAAAAUAAUACCUUCAUUAUCAAACUGGUUACCAUGCCUUACAUAAUGGAGUUAGUAUUUGUGAGUAGAAAGACUUUAGGUAAUGGAAAUAUAAAUAAAAAAAAGAAUGUUUAACAUAAUAUGCUAAAAAUAUUUUCAUAUUUAAAUGACAUACAUAAAAAGGUGUGCUUUGUGUUUUAUAUUAUCUUGCAAAUCCUUUUGCCCUUUAAAAAGCUGAAAAUCUCGCCAUCUGACUUACCAGUCAUUUUAGUGUUAUACAUGGCAUUUUUGUACAAAAUAAGUCUGUUCAGUUUCCUCAUUAAUUUAACACACAUUCAUUGAGUGCCUGCUGUGUGCAAAGGAUUCAGUUUAUGCCUAUUGAUAUUUGUGGACCAAGAUACCAAUUUAGUGAUACACUUUUCCCUGAAAUCUGUUAGGAAACACUUUUAAAGAAGUGCAAAUUUUGUGUGUGUGAAAUUUAGUUAUGUCUUUAUCUUCAGAUGACGUUUUAAAGCACUUUGUAGUUCUCUAUUGCCAACAAUUGAACAUUCAUGUGUUGCCAAUUCUUGCAGCCACUGCCCUAAGCAAACCUGUGGGAUGCAAAUCAGAACUCAAAUUCUAAGCACGUUUCAAGUAACAUUUUUGUUAAGGCCCCUACUGCCUCUUCUUCACGCUCAAAGGCUUUUUUUAAAGGCACUUUUUCCAUGUUGUAGAUGUCUGCAUUCCUACUGGAAAUGUCUGUUUAGCUUUAUAAAACAUUUUGCCGAAAUAUGAAAAUGAGCCUUAUUGACAAUUAAGUGCUUCUUGCAGCAGGUGGUGAAACGAGUGACUAAUAUGACCCGUUAGAGUAACCUACAUCUGGACCAUUCCUGAAGUUUUUCCUCACCGACAGUACCAUCAUGCCUUGAGUGUUCUUUUCUCCCAAGUGCUAUUCCUUAAACACAGAGUUUACCAGUUGCCUAAUUAUGCAAUAAACAUGGCUUUGAGACAGUUAACUGCCCACAAAACAAACUGGUGAAAAGCAAACUCAGUUUGCUUAUAAAGUAAGUUUCUUCCCACGUUCCCAUUUGAUGAAAAGUCUUAUGUUACACAUAGCUGGGAAGCAGGGGUCCCUCCUCAAUUUUCAUACAUUUUGAAAGGAUGACAAUUCUGUUAGCCAGAUGAGUUAGCUUCUAUAUUCAUAAGUUAUGAAUCCCUCAUAAUGAGGGAUUUUAAAGUAUUUAUGAAGACAUUGCCCUCUAAAAAUUUGCUCAGAUCUCUGAAGAGUGGUGUUGGUCCUGAAUAUACAGUGUUCUCCUGUGCUUAAAAGGGUGAUCCAGACAUGAGAAGCAACUAGUUGGUGGGUAAGAAAGCCCUACUUGGCUAUUUCAUAUCUACCUAUAAUUGACCAAAAAAUUUUUAGGCCAGCAAUUAUUAUUUAGCUUUGCUCCUUCUAGUGCAAGAAAUGUAGGCUGGAUCAGUAGUUCAACAGCUAAACAGUCAUAAAAUAGUCAUUGUGCAUGUUAAAUUUAUUUCAAUAAAAAAAUUCCAAUUUCUAUUUACUUAUUCAUUGUGACAGUAUUACUAAACAGGUAAGGAUGGGAAUAUUUUGUUAUACCGUGUAUAGUGAAUGUAUUGUACUGUGUCUGUGAAAAUUGUGCUUUAAAUUAUAUUUUCAUAUGUUUUGUUGGGGACAGAGCACAUUACGUUUGAAAGCGACAAAGGUUUGUUUUAUAACUGAAGGCAACUUAAUCAAAAUUCCUGUCAAGAAAAGCUGCUUAUAAAUGUAAAUGAAAUCACGUUUAAAAUAAACUGCCUCUGACCCA